AUGGCUACUGUGCGCAGGCUGAGGGAGGUGCCGCGGCACUUGCUGGUCUGCGAGAAAUCCAACUUCGGCCACAACAAGUCGCGCCACCGGCAGCUCAUGGAAACUCACUAUCACAAUUACAGAGUUUCGUUUUUGAUUCCUGAAUGUGGGAUACUAUCGAAAGAGCUGAAAAGCCUGGUAAUGGAAAUUGGACCCUAUUACUUUGUGAAGAAUUUACCUCUUCAUGAAUUGAUUUCACAUGAAUUCAUCAACACCUUUGUAAAGAAAGGUGCAUGCUAUGCUCUAACAUACAAUACAAAUAUAGAUGAAGAUAAUGCUGUUGCCCUACUGCCAAAUGGAAAAUUAAUUUUAUCACUGGAUAAAGACACUUAUGAAGAAACUGGACUUCAAGGUCGUCCAUCUCAGUAUUCUGGCAGAAAAAUCAUGAAAUUUAUUGUUUCCAUUGAUUUGGUGGAUUUAUCCUUUAACCUGGAUUCCAAGAAUUAUAAAAGAACAUCUUGGGCCUUCAAAGAAAAGAAACCAUUGAAGUUUGAUUUUCUUUUGGCUUGGCAUCCUACAGGUGCAGAAGAAUCAGCAAUGAUGUCAUACUUUUCCAGUUACCAAAUUCAGGAGCAACAGCCAAAAAUAACUCUGAGUGUAUUGACAGACUUGCAGUGCCCCGUGCUGCAGAGCCAUAAGCUUCAGGGGGAGCCCGAAGCUGCCUGCAGCACCCACGAGGUCUUUGACUGGCUGGGAGCUGUCUUCAGUCACGUUGACCUAAAUAAUGAGCCAAAUAAUUUCAUAUCAACCUAUUGCUGUCCUCAGCCAAGUACAGUGGUGGCAAAAGCUUAUUUAUGUACAAUCACUGGUUUCCUGCUUCCAGAGAAGAUCAGUCUCUUACUGGAACAGCUGCGUCACUACUUUGAUGAGCCCAAGUUAGCUCCUUGGGUUUCCUUGUGUGUUCAAGGCUUUGCAGACAGCCCUGUUUCUUGGAGAGAAAAUGAACAUGGUUUUCAAAAAGGAGGAGAACAUUUGUACAACUUUGUGAUUUUUAAUAAUCAGGACUAUUGGCUUCAGAUGGCUGUUGGGGCAAAUGAUGACUGUCCACCAUAAAAAAAAUAAUAAAAUGAUGUAUAUUU